UGGAACCGGAGACGGUUUCGCCCCCAGUGAUGCUCCAGUUGCACGAGCAACCCAAAUUUAUCAUUGUCCGGAGAAAGAGGAGCAGCGUGAUUCUUGUCCAUUUCGGCAGAACGACUGGUUUCCUUCAGCUAUACAAACCAGCGCUCGGGUUGUGAUUUUUCUGGGGCAAGUGGAGACCAGCACGCCUCCCCAGCACAGUAAGCAACACCUCUUGGAACCGUGUUUGCUGCUGCAAUCGGCCAGCGUGCCCCUGCCCAAACCGCGGCUCGUUUCGUCCACCUCUCACACUUAAUUUAUACGUGGAUCAUUUGGAUAGUCCGUCUUGUAAAUGUUUAGCAUUUUGCUGCUUUACUGCUUCUUUCUGGGGCCAGUUCCAGCACUUGCCAAGAUCGGCGAAGAGAGGCGACUGAGCCCGGAGAAGAGCGAAAUAUGGGGACCUGGGCUAAAAGCAGCUGUUGUCCUUCCCGCGCGCUAUUUCUAUAUUCAGGCAGUGGAUACGUCAGGAGAUAAGUUCACAUCUUCUCCAGGUGAAAAGGUGUUCCAGAUUAAAAUCUCAGCACCAGAGGAGCAGUUCACUAGAGUUGGAGUCCAGGUUUUGGACCGAAAGGAUGGAUCCUUUAUAGUAAGAUACAGAAUGUAUGCAAGCUACAAAAAUCUGAAAGUAGAAGUUAAAUUCCAAGGUCAACAUGUGGCCAAAUCUCCAUAUAUUUUAAAAGGGCCAGUUUACCAUGAGAAUUGUGACUGUCCUUUGGAAGAUAGUGCAGCCUGGCUACAGGAGAUGAACUGCCCAGAAACCAUUGCUCAGAUUCAGAGAGAUCUGGCACAUUUUCCUACCGUUAAUCCAGAAAAGAUUGCAACAGAAAUCCCAAAGAGAUUUGGACAAAGGCAGAGCUUGUGUCACUAUACCUUGAAGGAUAACAAGGUUUAUAUCAAGACUCAUGGUGAACAUGUAGGUUUCAGAAUUUUCAUGGAUGCCAUACUACUUUCUUUGACUAGAAAAGUGAAGAUGCCAGAUGUGGAAUUUUUUGUUAAUUUGGGAGAUUGGCCUUUGGAAAAAAAGAAAUCCAGUUCACACAUCCAUCCAAUCUUUUCCUGGUGUGGCUCCACAGAUUCCAAGGAUAUCGUGAUGCCUACCUACGACCUUACUGACUCUGUUCUAGAAACCAUGGGCCGAGUAAGUCUGGAUAUGAUGUCUGUGCAAGCUAACACGGGUCCUCCCUGGGAAAGCAAAAACUCCACAGCUGUCUGGAGAGGGCGAGACAGCCGCAAAGAGAGACUCGAGCUGGUUAAACUCAGCAGAAAACACCCAGAACUCAUAGAUGCUGCCUUUACCAACUUUUUCUUCUUUAAACAUGAUGAAAGCCUGUAUGGUCCCAUUGUGAAACACAUUUCAUUUUUUGAUUUCUUCAAGCAUAAGUAUCAAAUAAACAUUGAUGGCACUGUCGCGGCAUAUCGCCUGCCGUACCUUCUUGUCGGCGACAGUGUUGUGCUGAAGCAGGACUCCAUCUACUAUGAACACUUUUAUAAUGAGCUGCAGCCCUGGAAACACUACAUUCCCGUUAAAAGCAACCUGAGCGAUCUCCUAGAAAAACUUAAAUGGGCAAAAGAUCACGAUGAAGAGGCAAAGAAGAUAGCACAAACAGGACAAGAAUUUGCAAGAAAUAAUCUCAUGGGUGAUGACAUAUUCUGUUACUAUUUUAAACUUUUCCAGGAAUAUGCCAAUUUACAAGAGAGUGAGCCCCAAAUCCGAGAGGGCAUGAAGAGGGUAGAACCACAGACGGAGGAUGACCUCUUUCCUUGCACAUGCCUUAGGAAAAAGGUAACCACAACUGGCCAAUGUCAGAGUAAGAACUAACUUUGAUCCACGUUCUCAUUCAUUCCUUUAGUCAUUCAGUCAGGGAAAAACUAGUUGAGUUUCUCCUGGAACCUUCAUUCUAUGAGAGACAGAACAGGAGAUAAUAAGGCAAAAAAAGGGCGCUAAGAUUCAAUUAAGUGAGAAGAGUUUCUGGCAAAGUAGAGGAAAGCCUUUUUAAUGUGAGAAUUCAGUCACAUGGCAUUUGAAUAGCUAUUUAAUGUUUAAAAAAUAUUUUCACAUGCAUCAUCUAAUAUAAUAGCGUCAUCUCCCUGUGAGAUAGAUUUGGCAAAGUUUAUCAUUCCAAUUCAGAGAUGAAAAAAUAUGUAACCAUUAUCGUUCGUGUUAACAGAUUAUUCAUUGAAAAGCAAUCUCUGUUGAUAUACCACUCUGUACUGAUUUUGUUUGUAAAAGGCAGAUUCACAUAUGGACUUGUCAGGCUAAAAAGGAACUUAGAGGCACAUCCAGUAAGUACCUCAGUUAACAAAACUGAGCCCAAAGGAGAACUUAGUUCAGACUUAUCUAUCUGGAUUACAGCAAAGCAAGGACCAAAAACCAAUCCCUCCUCUUCAGAUUGUGUGUAUGGUUGUGUAUGAAGACAGUGCAGCAGGAGACGAUUGUUUUCAUUAUAAUUGUUUUCCGUUUGUAGGAACGUAUAUUGUAUAAAAUUGUGAUUUUAUAUAUAUUUUGAUUACAUAUAUAAUGUGCUGGCUUGACAUUUUUUAAGCAGCAUCAUGUCUCUGAAUAGAUAAACUCAAAAUUGUGGUAUUAUAACCAAAAAUGAGAAGGCAGAUUUUGCAAUUAUUAUGUCUGCCUCUCAAGGGGUUUUAAAAGGAACAAGGUAACCAUAGGCCCAGUGGUAUGAUGGAACCGGCUCAUACAAACUCACUGACUGUUAAAUAUUUUAAAAUUUUGCAUAGUUGUUAAAUUUUGGUAGCUUGGAAUCCGCCUGAUGGGAGUUUUUAUACCCUGACAACAGCACAUGCUACAAAUUAGAGUUUUGGUUGGUUGUUUUGUUUUUGCUUUGUUUUGUUUUAUGAACUCAUUUGCUACAAACUAGCCCUCAAAAGUGGAACAUAUCAACCUGAACCCCUGUCAGUGCUGCAGUGCCAUAAAAUAGUUAAAGCCAGUGACGAAACAAAUUGCCAGAACUGAAAGGUACCCUCUCAUAAAGUUCAUGAUUUGCUAUCAGAAUGCUUCUUUGGGCUCCAAAUGAAACUGGGCAGCUUCCUUUCUCCACUCCUCUUUUUAUUUUUUAUCUUUGUCUAAGUGAUUUCAAGGGAUGACAAAUGAUUCCACUGAUUUGUAGAAGUUAGGAGCUAGAAUGACAGCUUUGUUUAUUUCUUCCUCAUUGUCUACCAUAGCCCCUCCCUGAUACCAUUCAUAACACAAGGCCCUUUACAGAAACACAGACCCUUAGAUGUUCGGGUUCCACAUCAGUAGCCCUAUAAAACACAAUGUAACUCUACCGUUAGGUGAUUCCAAAAAUAAUCCUAGAUCCUACAAGUCUCUAGCAGUAACUUGCCUUUUUUUUUUCCUUCUUUCAUCUUUAGGGGAAAACAAUUAAUAGAUUAAAGUAAAUCUUCCUGACUCAUAGAUGACUUCUUGAUGGCUCUAAAUAUUUUGCUUCUUA